CAUUUAGGAGGAGUCGAAAGAGGUAAAAGAAAGAUUUCAGUUCCGGAUAGUAACAUUUCACACCUUGAAAAAUUGAAAUGUUCAGUGGUGCGUAAAUGUUUCUCGUCCCUAGAAAAAGAUUAAAAUGAGCUGAAAUGUUCAGCAAAUUCGGAAAUCCUGACGUUGAAUGUGCUCUGCUAAAAAGUCCCUACUGACGUGAAAAGGGUAAGAGAUGGUUUUGAAGGGGGAAAAAAUGAGAUUUUGGUGACAAAUUUUUGUUAUCGCCUAACCUAGGAUUUCAUGUGAGGCGUGAGGGACUUUAGGUCGCCUUCUUUUUAAUGCUUCGUCGUUGACUCGUGUUUCAUGAAGCCGGUCUGCCAGUGCUCCAGUGUCAAGACUUCGAAGCAAUCUGUAACGCAGAGACAUUUCGUCGACUAGUUUUGAGUCCUCCCUCGCCAGGUUCUUAUAACUGACUGGGCUUUGGCUUUAGGUUACUAUCCAGGUCCAGUAGAUGGCGCCAAAGAAGCAUGGCUACACGAUCGGCGUGGACGUGGGGACGGGAAGCGUACGGGCCGCCCUUAUGACCCUUCAGGGCGACUUCAUCAAAGGCGCUGUCAAGGAAAUUGGAACCUGGCGCCCGCGCGGUUUCCCGGACUUUUAUCAACAGUCCAGCACCGAUGUAUGGCAAGCGGUCUGCAAUGCCGUUCGGGAUAUCACUUACACAAUUGACGUAAAGAUGGUGAAAGGAAUCGGUUUUGAUGGAACAUGUUCCCUUGUUGUUCUUGACAAGAAAUCGAACCCCCUAUCGGUCAGUCCCAACGGCGAACCGGAUCAGAACGUAAUCCUGUGGAUGGACCACAGAGCGGUGGGCGAGACAGAGCUGAUCAACAAACUGCACCACGCUGUCCUCCAGACCCUCGGGGGGAAGAUGUCCCCCGAAAUGGCCACCCCGAAACUCAUGUGGUUGAAGAGGCAGAUGUUCGUCAAGUGUUGGACGCAGGCCGGCCAUUUCUUCGAGCUGCCAGACUUCCUCACUUGGAGAGCCACCGGAGCUUUUUCCAGAUCUUCGUGCACAAUGACUUGUGCUUGGACUUAUCAGAUAGACGCCAAUGAGAAGAAAGGGUGGAAUAUCGACUUUUUCAGGCAACUUGGACUUGAGGAUCUUGCCGAAAAUAAUUGGGAGAAAAUAGGUUCUGAAAUUUUAGCGCCGGGUGAGCCUUGCGGAAAAGGCUUAACCAAACAAGCUGCCUCCGAGAUGGGCUUGUUGGAAGGGAUACCAGUUGCCACCUCGACCAUCGAUGGAAAUGCGGGAGCCAUCGGAAUGAUCUGUGUCAAAGAAAAGAUCGAUGCAGCAUCGCUCUCGUUAGACUCUGUGCUCUGUUUGGUCUCCGGGACUUCGAACUGCCACUUGUUCCUCUCAGAUCGAGCUGUGUAUGUAAACGGGCUCUGGGGUCCGUUUUACAACGCGGUGGUGCCCGGCAUGUACGUCAAUGAAGGCGGACAGUCAGCAAGCGGAUCUCUCUUGGAUUUCAUCAUAGAGACCCACGAGGCCUACCCCAAAAUAAGGGCCAAACUCACGUCCGUCACGAAUUUGCUUUUUUCGAAUAUUUACGACUACCUCAACAAUCUCGUUGAUAAGAUUGCGCAGAGAAGGCAAAUCCCUGUCGAUGAGUUGACUCACAAUAUUCACGUCUGGCCUGAUUUCCAUGGCAACAGAUCCCCGGAGGCGGAUCCCUCACUUAGGGGAAUGGUCUGCGGUCUCAACAUGUCAAGCUCAGAGGAAGAUUUAGCUAUAUUGUACUUGGCAACUCUACAAUCCCUAGCAUACGGAACUAGACACAUCGUGGAGACGUUGCAAGCGGCCGGACACAAGAACCUGCGCCAGAUAAUCAUUUGCGGUGGGAUGCGGAAGAACAACUUAUUCGUGCAAACUCACGCCAACGUGUUAUCAAUGCCCGUGUUGCGUCCAAGAAGAGAGGACUCCGUUCUCCUUGGCUCAGGGAUGCUUGGGGCGCGCGCCGCCGGGGUCUACGAUAAUCUGAGGGACGCAAUGGAAAGUAUGGCAGGCACCGCCUUCAUCACAGAACCCUACAUCAAAAGCAACUACCACGACAGGAAAUAUAAAGUAUUCUUGAAGAUGCUUCAACAUCAAAAGGAGUAUAGACAAAUCAUGGAAGGAGCGGCGUAAAACUGGUGAACGAUAAGCACAUGGAAAACGGACUCAGGAUUAGGUACAUCUUUCAUAAAAUGAUGAGUAAUUCGCAUUUGUAUCUUGUCACCCAAUCUCGCUUGUGUGCAUUACAAGACACAUAAUUGUCAAAAUUAUAAUCGAUAAUUUUUUGCUCUGA